AUGUUGAGAGACUCGGCCACUUUACUGUGGCGCACCAAUUGCUCCAGCGUGGUACUGGAUCUCACACGAGAGUAUUAUCUGCAGUUCCAACAUGGGUACAAUACAAUCGAUAAGGACCGGAGCGCCGUGAUUGACCGAUAUAUGGCUAGCGUGUUCCGACCGGACAUCGUUUGUCGAGACUUCCAAGGUAUUCGAGCCUUUAUGGGCCAGUGGGAAAAGUACACGAAGUUAGACCAAGGGCUCGAGAUCAAAAUGCAGACGAUGCGUAUCGUGGAUAGCGCUGAUGAUCCGAAGAGUUCCGUGACGGUGCACGCUAGCGCAGAGAUGACAGUAAUUUUCACGGAAGAUACAGUCAAGGUCUUGUAUCCUGGAUUAUUUGAUAGGUCGCUGCACAAUCUUCAAGACCGUGAGAUUGUUGAUCAUCUUGUAGGCAGUAGCGGCUUAACUCCCGUGGAGCUCGUUCUGAAUUUCGACCAGCAAGGCCACGUAUUCUCUUUCGAAUCGCCGGGUACCGUGAGAAAGAAGGAAACGCGUGCGCCAUUCUUGCUUCAUUUACCCAACGCCUUCGAGACAACAUACAACAUAACGGAGCGGGACCCAUUUCUGGACUUACCUACCAAGCUAACCCCAGCGAGGUCCAUUGCGUCAAUAAUGGAGACGCGUCCCGUGUUCACCGCUCAACGCGACUAUACAUCAAGGGUCGUCGUCCCUCUAACCGGGAAACGCAGAACACCCGACGGCUUCCAGACGGCAUUCGAGUCCAAAAGACCUGCUUUUGACUUCCCCCAGCAACGCCCAGCAUCUCCAGUUUCGAGUAAAAGGAAGCAACGUAAACCUCCAAACUAUCUUCGACACGGAGACCGAUGUAGCAUUAUCAAGAGAGUAGCUGACGGGGAGCCACAGGCAUCUUUGGCGCGAGAAUUUGGUGUCACACGUGCUGCGGUGUGUCAAAUGUACAAGAACCGAGCGGAGAUCCUCUCUCGAGACAAUGAACCCGAGCAGCUAUCUCCAUAUCCUACUGCACCACCGCAGGCGUCUAUAACCCAAGGCACUCCAACUGCCAUCAACCGAUCGAAAGUGAAGGGUAUUCGUCCCAGCAGUACCAAUAGAACCGGCGCGUCGGUGCUGCCAGCGCUCACGUCUCGGUCGAAAAGGGUAGAGGGGCUGCUAAGAAGGUUGCAAGAUGAAAGGACCAAUCCAGUCGACUCCAGACGAGCUGCUGCUCGCCUGACUUUAUUGAUCCUCACGGCUCGACAGGUCAAAUCCACGUCAAGCCAGAACAUGCUGGUAGCCACAGGAAUUGGCAGCUGGAAUAUCUGGAUGUUCCAGAUAAUAUCACUGACUUCGACGGUAGAGGGGCUGCUAAGAAGGUUGCAAGAUGAAAGGACCAAUCCAGUCGACUCCAGACGAGCUGCUGCUCGCCUGACUUUAUUGAUCCUCACGGCUCGACAGGUCAAAUCCACGUCAAGCCAGAACAUGCUGGUAGCCACAGGAAUUGGCAGCUGGAAUAUCUGGAUGUUCCAGAUAAUAUCACUGACUUCGACGUGCUACUAUUCUCGACCUCGGCAAACGGCGGCGCGGAAUGCAAGGCGAUUGAGAGAAUUGGCGUACUGGAAUCCAGGAUCUCUCUGGUGA